UAGGCUGAGUCCCGCCCAAACCCAACUCCUCAACCGGAAACCUAAAACCCUGUACCCCUCAUCCCCUCCGUCAGCCUACUCGUCGGAAACUCGGGUCUUAUGGCGCUGUCCCUACUAUCGCCGGUGCGAUUCCCUUUUCUGUCCCCUCCCGUCUUUAUUGUUCAACGGCCAACCGCGGUCACCUCUACCGCCGCAGUUGCAGAGAGGAAGGGACGAAGAAAGGGUAGGCAGCCAAGACCGGAAGAUCCUUCUCCCUCCUCAACUGUGGAGAAGGGCUUGAGAUUCAAUUUUAUGGAGGAGUUGAUGGAUCGAGCCAGGAGCCUCGACUCAGCCGGCGCGGCAGACGUCAUCCAUGAUAUGGUCGCUGCUGGGCUUAGCCCCGGGCCCCGGUCCUUUCACGGCCUCAUCGUUUCUCACACCCUCAAUGGCGACGUAGAGGGCGCGAUGCAGUCAUUGAGAAGAGAGCUGAGUUCAGGGCUUCGUCCUCUGCAUGAAACAUUUGUUGCUAUGGUUCGUUUAUUUGGUUCUCAAGGUCUUGCAACCAGGGGCUUAGAGAUGCUCGUGGCAAUGGAAAAGUUAAAUUUUGAUAUUCGAAAUGCUUGGCUAGUUCUAGUGGAGGAGUUGGUCAGGAACCAUUAUCUGGAUGAUGCAAAUGCUGUAUUUUUGAAGGGAGCAAAUGGCGGAUUAAGAGCUACUGAUGAACUCUAUGAUUUAUUAAUUGAGGAAGAUUGCAAAGCUGGGGACCAUUCAAAUGCUUUAACCAUUGCAUAUGAGAUGGAGGCUGCAGGAAGAAUGGCAACCACCUUCCAUUUUAAUUGCCUUCUUAGUGUACAGGCGACUUGUGGAAUACCAGAAAUUUCUUUUGCCACAUUUGAAAACAUGGAAUAUGGGGGGGAAGAGUACAUGAAGCCUGAUACAGAGAGUUAUAACUGGGUGAUCCAGGCAUACACUCGAGCUGAGUCAUAUGACAGGGUGCAGGAUGUGGUUGAACUACUUGGAAUGAUGGUUGAAGAUCACAAAAGGUUGCAGCCAAACAUGAAAACUUACGCGUUGCUAGUUGAAUGCUUCACCAAAUAUUGUGUUGUGAGGGAAGCUAUACGACAUUUCCGUGCUCUUAAAAAUUCUCUUGGUGGAACAAAAGUCUUAUACAAUGAUGGGAACUACGGAGAUCCGCUUUCACUUUAUUUGAGAGCAUUAUGUCGUGAAGGACGGAUUGUUGAGUUGCUUGAAGCUUUAGAAGCAAUGUCUAAUGACAAUCAACCUAUUCCCCCAAGAGCAAUGAUCUUGAGCAGAAAAUACCGUACAUUAGUGAGUUCCUGGAUAGAGCCUUUGCAAGAAGAAGCAGAUGUGGGAUUUCCAAUUGAUUAUGUAGAAAGGUAUAUUGCUGAAGGGGGGCUCACUGGAGAACGCAAACGGUGGGUACCACGCAGAGGAAAAACCCCUUUAGACCCUGAUGCCUUUGGUUUUGCUUAUUCCAAUCCUAUGGAAACUUCUUUCAAGCAACGCUGCUAUGAAGAAUCAAAGAUCUACCACCGUAAACUUUUGAAGACAUUGAAAAAUGAAGGGUCUACAGUUUUAGGUGAAGUCUCUGAUACAGAUUAUCUCAGGGUGGUAGAGAGAUUGAAAAAAAUCAUCAAAGGUCCUGAGCAAAAUGUUUUAAAGCCAAAAGCUGCCAGUAAGAUGAUAGUUUCAGAAUUAAAAGAAGAACUAGAAGCUCAAGGGUUGCCUACAGAUGGAACUAGGCAAGUUCUCUAUCAACGAGUGCAAAAAGCAAGAAGAAUUAAUCGUUCUCGUGGUCGACCUCUUUGGGUUCCCCCAGUUGAAGAGGAAGAAGAAGAGGUUGAUGAAGAUUUGGAAGAACUUAUCUCACGAAUUAAACUUCAAGAUGGCAAUACUGAGUACUGGAGGCAACGUUUUCUUGGGGAGGGCCUGAAAGAAGUUCAUGAUGAGGAAGAAGAAGAUGAAGAAAAUGAUGUUGAUGAUGCAGAUGAAGAGGGUGAUGGUGAUGCUAUAGAGGAUGCUACAAAAGAAACAGAAGAUGAAGAGAUGGAUGAAGAGGAAGAUGAAGUCGAACAAACAGGGACUCAUGUAGAAGAAGCAGCAAAGGUUAAGCAAGAUAAAAAAUCCAAGCCGCCUCAAAUGAUUGGAGUCCAGUUGCUGAAAGAUUCUGCAGAAACAUCUACUUCUACAAAAAAAACACAAAGGAAACUUGGCAGAACAGUUGUUGAGAAUGAUGAUGAUGAAGACUGGUUCCCAGAGGAUUUGCAUGAAGCGUUUAAAGAAAUGAGAGAGAGAAAAAUUUUUGAUGUAUCAGAUAUGUAUACUAUUGCGGAUGCAUGGGGUUGGACUUGGGAGAGAGAACAGAAGGCAAGAAAGCCGCAGAAAUGGUCCCAAAGAUGGGAAGUUGAUCUAGGAAUCAAAAUUAUGCAGAGGGUGAUUGAAUUAGGUGGAAAACCGACCAUUGGAGACUGUGCAAUGAUAUUGCGUGCUGCUUUGAGAGCUCCUCUUCCUUCAGCUUUCUUGACAAUUUUGCAAGAAACACAUAAGCUUGGCUAUGUUUUUGGGAGCCCAUUGUAUGAUGAAGUCAUCUUACUUUGCCUGGAUGUUGGAGAAGUAGAUGCAGCCAUUGCCAUUGUUGCCGACAUGGAAAAUACUGGAGUUACGGUUCCAGACCAGACUUUAGACAAGGUGCUGUCUGCUCGGCAGGCCGCCGACUCUUCUACAGAUGGGCCAACAGAAAAGUUAUAAGAGAUGGUUUCGUUCAGGUAAUGCAAAUUAUGACAAUUUACAAAUGAGUUUUUCUUUAUAGUUUCACCAGGUUAGAUGCAAUUUGGUGAAAAAUGCAGGAUUUGAAUGGAAAACUCAUAUUACACGUAUGCCAAGAACUAGAACUAGGGGCUCAAAAUUUACUUUGAUGGAGAUGUGAGGGUGAGGAUUCGUGAUAUUCUUUUAUCGGGCAUAUUUGAUGGAUUGAAAAUCCACUUCAAUGAUUUACAUACAUAACACUAUUGUUAUCUAUUUAUAUGUCCAAGUACUAAAAAUU